ACACAAAUGGCACUUCCUGAUGGCCUGGAUUCUCUCGUCAAGGCUUUCUCAGGGCAUGGAAUUGAUGAAAAGUCAAUAAUUUCUUUGCUGGGAAGAUCGCGACCUGAGCAUAGACAAUCUUUGAGGAAGGAAUGUACGGAAUUCUUCAUAGAGGAUAACGAACGUGGUUUUGAGCGAUGGGAUGAUCAUAGUAUAAAGCUUCUCAAGCAUGAAUUCAUGAGAUUUAAGAAUGCUGUGGUGCUUCGGGCCAUGCAUCCUUGGGAAAGAGAUGCUCGUUUGAUUAGGGAGGCUUUGAAAAAGGGACCAGAAUCAUAUGGUAUGAUCGUAGAGGUUUCAUGUACCAGAUCAUCAGAGGAGCUAUUGGGAGCAAGGAAGGCUUAUCAUUCUCUUUUUGACCAUUCGAUUGAGGAAAAUAUUGCAACCCAGGUUGAAGGAAGCGAGCUAAAGCUCUUGGUAGCACUUGUGAGUGCCUACAGGUAUGAAGGGCCGAAGGUCAAAGAGGACACGGCGAAAUCAGAGGCCAAAAUACUAGCUGAAGCUAUGAAGAAUGCUGAGCAGAAGCCCAUUGAGGAUGCAGAGUUAAUAAGAAUACUUUCAACCAGGAGCAAGCCCCACCUCAAGGCAGUAUACAAGUACUACAAGGAUAUUUUUGGCAAGAACAUCGAUGAGGAUCUUGAUGAUGACUCGAUCUUGAAAGCGGUUGUGCAAUGCUUAUUUACACCUCAUAAGUACUUCUGCCGAGUCUUGGAUGCAGCAUUGAGAGACAAUGCUCAUAAGCGUACCAAAAAAGCACUGACGCGAGUAAUUGUGACCCGGGCUGAUACAGAUAUUGAGGAAAUCAAUGCAGAAUACCAGAAACAAUAUGGAGUUUCUCUGACUGAAAAAAUUGUUGAAACUGCCAACGGGAACUAUAAGGAUUUCUUGCUUACUUUGAUAUCAAGAGAAAACUAAUUGAGAAACACAGUACUUAAAUUUGUGUUUAGCUAUUUGUAUUGAAUUUGGGUCGUUUUGUUAUUUUCUUUAUCCUGGUCUUGCGGUUUGUACAAUAAUUGUGUUGCCCUAACGAGAGGCUUAAUAAAUCAGACAUGCUUCCAUUUGUUGGCUUUUCUAUUUCCCAUUCUUUAACAUGAAGCUGAGGAGUUACUGUACUGGUUUUUUAAGAACUGAAGAAAUGAAAU